CCAACAACCAUAGCUGUAAACUGGAAGCCCUUCCUGACGCUCUUUCUGUGGACCUGGUUCGGGAGGUUGGCAAACCCAACGUAGCCCAUCAAUUUUUUGCGGAUGACGGCAGUCGUUGUGCCAUUGGGAACAAGGGAUGGGCUGGAGGCAUUGGCCGCACCAUUCGACGCGUAGUCGCCGUUGCGAGACGAGGCAUAGGAGUCUGACAUCUAUGCGGAAUGGGAAUAAGGAGAGAGAGGCGGAAGGGCUGAGGGAGACAAACUCUCGUAGCUGAACGACGAGGAAUGAGAAGAACGUUGUCCGAUGUUUGGCGUUGUUUCGACCUUGCUUUCUUUGGUCCAACUUUGGCCUCUCAUCCAGCUUUGACUCUUGAGCUUUAAACUCACGCCCCUCCGCGCUACUCUCUUCAUUUCCGUAUACAGGCAUAUGUGGCCUGCGGCAACGACGGGAUUACGAAGAGACGGGCCGAGUCCACGAGUUGUAAUUCAUACAUCAAGGACCACAGUGCCUAAUCUACAUUUGCUUGGAACUUGAAGACUGUGGACGAACAUUGAACACCUGAGAGACGGCAGAAACGAAGGAGACCCACUAUCUGGUCUGGCGUAAUGGCCCACGACAUCCAGAUCAAAUUUGCCGCGAAUGAUAUCGUCCAUGUCCAACUCGGCCGUUAACACUCCUUCUUGACCGCGCAAAGGCCCAGCUAGAAUCUUCCCCAAGGGACUGACGAUCAUGCUUCCUCCCGCAAUCAUCACAUCCUCUGGGUCGUUUCGCGACGCAUCAGGCUGAUCAGGAUUCAAGGCGUGGUCCGCCGGAUAGUGCUGCACUUGAGCAAAUUGACAUGCGGACAAGACAAAACAUCUGCCCUCGAGAGCGAUAUGGGACAUGGAAUGUUGCCAAUCGUCGCGUGCAUCGACUGUGGGGGCACAGUAGAUCUGAGUCCCAUGGCUGAAAUAGUGAUACCUCACUGCAGCACUCGAUUACCACCGGAAUCGUCCAGAGAUAUUGAGCGACGCACAAAGAGGCAUGUAAUUUUCCCUGCCUCGUUAUAAGCUUCGCAUGGGGAUACCUUGGAACGCUCGCACCAACAAAUAGCCGCAGAGAUCUUCACGGGAAUCGGGGGCGCGCCUGGCGAUGAGGAUGGUGAGAAGUCGCUUUCGUGCACCUGCAAGGUAGUUCCAUCCCCUUGACCCCAAAUGAGACGCUAUGAGCCUUGUUCAAGAUCAUUCUGAAGAGGAAAUGAUGAGACCGAAACCUCGGAUGCGGUUGGUUGAAGCUUGCGGUGUUUUCCUACCAAGCCCAGGGAAGGAGAAACAAAUAUCGCCGUGCAAUAAAGUGUGCCCCCGUUCGGUUCCUUUUCGAUGACUCCGAUUACCAGGAACACCCCGGUUUCUUUUGCCAGUGCUUCGAUGCGAGCAGUGGUAGCGGAUGGGACUUCAAUUGCUGCUUUGUGGUAGCGAAGAUAUUCUUCUCGGCCCUGGGGGGAUCGAGUGCCUACAACAGCACCGAAAGUGGAGAACUUGGGAUAGCCGCCGAUACUGUUGACAGGUCGGGACCGGAUUAUCCAGAGAUUGGUUCGCACUCACAAAGCUUCGGGAAACACGGCCAGUUGUGAUCCAUCCCGAUUCCGUGCCAGACGAGUAAGUUGUUCGAGUUUCACCAGAGUGUGUUCUAGAGAGUAUGCCUGAGUGCAGGUCUGCACAACCGAGGCGCGUAUGAUUCGAGCGGGAGACUCGGUCAUCGAAGGUCAAGGUGCAUAGGAUUGGCAAAUGUCGGCUGACUAAAUCGAGGACCUUCGGAAUAUCGUACUUCCUCUACUUACUUAUAGCGAUGAUGCGUGUAGAUCCCUGCAGAGCACAGUGCAGCAAAAACACAUGCAUUGCGGGGCAUUAUUUAGAUUAUGAGGGCACAGCGUAUUUCCUCCGUCGUUCAGAAAUCCAUUCAAGGGGAAAGUCGAGUUUAGAGGGUCGAGCAUAGACACGGCCUCGCAAAUGUUCGCCUUUCUUUGCCUUUCGUGCUUUGGAGUACACGUGUCGAAGGUCGACAGGAAUGUCGCUCAGGUCAAGUUGGGCGUUCUGGAACAUAAGUCAGAAGGAGACGGGAAGUGUUUGGGAACAUACAUUUGCUUGAGCCACCAGUCUAUCCAUGGUAUCACUUGCCCACUUCAGGUUCAUUGCAGGCUCAGGAAAAUCUUCACAGGAAAUCUUGAUGUAUCCAUUCCCCCACUCGUCGAGACCACUGAUACCGCCAUCUGACGGUGGAUGCGGUGUCCACCGAGGUCCAGCCAAAACUUUGAUUCGAUGGAGCGCGUCUUCGCCCUUCAGCGGCAAUGAGUCGACAGACGCCACAACAACGCGUUUGGCUGUUAUAGGAUGCUCCUCGCCUGCGUAGUCGAUCGAACGGACGACAAGAGGUGUGUUUGGAGCGGGGGCAAAUGUUUUUCGAUAUGCUAGUGGAAAGCCGGUUGGAUAGCAAGUCCUUAGAAGAUAAAAGAGCGUACCGACGAGUUUGGGCAUCUCGUGCUCUAUUAGACGAAGAUAAUACAAUACCUUUCGCUGCUCCUCCAGCAUUAAAUGGCCAGCAGCCACUGUGUCAUCAUCUUGAAAUUCUGCUUCUAGCAUGGAGCCAUAUAUCGCCUCGGCCUCUCCUUCUGAUGUGGCCUGUGCUACUCCCCGAGAUGCGGAGAGAAUAGGGCGCCGGGGCAGCCUUUGAGCUCUCAAACAAUUUCGCAGAGCCAACAUGGGGGGUGAAGAAGUGAUGUGGGCUGGGGUUAGGGUCACAAUCAAAGUAUGUCUUCAAGAAAUAUCUGUAGUGAUCCAGCAUGCAGUCCUGCUGCCCAUGGAUUUAUACUUCCGCUUCAAGUGCAGACACUCGGCACCCUCCUGCUCUAGCUAAAUACUACAAACGCAUACUUCGACUCUGUGAUUUGUGGAGGGCGGCGGAUGGGAGCAAAUAUUACGCCCGAGGUUUUCGGCGGCCGGCGACGAUCUCCUAGUGAGGUACUAGCAACAUGAGCCAAUCUUGGAAAUGAGGACUAGCAUUCGAGGACCACAUCAUUCAGAUAUUCGCUAGAAUAUUCCAAAAUUGAACCCGCCAUCAUUCAAGUGUCCAGUUCCAGUGCAGCCUAGUUACAGCAGGCAUAUGCGUUUUGAAAUUGACCCCGCGGGUCUCUAUGUGCUGUGGCACCUGCAUUUUGACUUCACCGAGUGGACGCGAUCGAAAAGUCGACGCGGAACAGUGCUUGACGUACACGAAGUGUAGUUAGAGGGUCUGGGCCCCAGUACGUAUCCCGCCUGUCGUUUGGCCUCCCUCGUUCCUCUUUUCCUCCCACAUCGCGAGACCUCACGCGUCCGAUCCUGGGACGUCGCGAACUCGCUUAGUGUUCCAUCGGUGAACCGCAACCAAUUGAGUCCAUCUUCCAUCACGGGCUUGUGAUUCCUUCACAUAUAGACCCAUCCAACAUCUACCAGCUCCACCGGUGGGUUGCCCACGACCUUCACUAUGCGGCCACAUCUCGCCGCAGUCGCUACGAUUUUCGCCGCCGUCGCGUGCGCCUUGGGUCAAUCAAGUUCUGCUCCCCCCACUUCGAUCCCCAGCGUCUCGCUGUCGCUUUCCACCAGUUCCUUCACAAGCGUCGCACGCUCUGGGGCUUCUUCUGCGAUUAGUGUCCUUCCGACGGUCGUCAAUGUCAGUGUAACGAUUGCACCCACGCCAUCCCCUAGCCUUUCUCCUUCUUCUACUCUAUCGAGCUCCGCCUCCGCCUCCGCCUCUGCCUCAGCGUCCGCAGUGCCAGACACGAUACUCGCAACCACCCUCGAUCCCGCCUUUGGAGUUCUGGGAGCUGUGCUGAUUCUCACCGGUAUUCCCUCCGCAUUCUUCGGGCACAAGAACAGGUGGACUUCAUUCUUCCUGAUCGGAUUCUACACCCUUUCCCUCGUCUGUUUCGUUCUGAUUCUCAAGUUUGGAAUUCUAGAUGCCGUCAAUCCUCCGAAUAAGACGUUGCGGGGACUGUUUGUGCUUGCGUCAGCAGUAGCGGGUAUCGGCGGAGGCGGAGUUGCGAUAUUCUUCUGGAAGGCUGCACGCUACUUCAUUGGGGGAUGGGGUGGAUUUGCUCUGGCUCUUUGGAUCCAAGGCUUCCGCGACGGUGGACUUAUUCGGACCAUUGGUUAUCGUUGGCUGUUUUAUAUUGGGUGUGGAGUGGUCGGUUUCAUCCUUUGCACGAUUCCGAAGAUCCAUUACCACAUCCUGCUUAUCUCGACAGCGAUGGUCGGUUCCUCGGCAUUCAUUUUGGGAGUCGACUGUUUCACAACUGCUGGUCUCAAGGAGCUCUACAUCUGGAAUCUCGGUUUCCGAUCCCUAUUUCCCAAAUUCGUGAACCACGGCAUCCAGUUCCCCGUGUCCCAGACGAUGCAAAUCGAAUUGGGUCUGAUUGGCGCCGUCACUCUCAUGGGCAUCGCUGUGCAGUUGCGCGUUUUGACUGUUCUCCAGCGCAAGCUUCGGGAAAUAGCCGAAGAACAGAAGAAACAAGAUGAAGCUGCUGAGAAUAUGGCUGCAGGCAGAUUUGCGUCGAUGGAACGCGAGCGUGACCAGUGGGAGAAGGAUCAUCCCACGAUGAACAAGCAUGGACGACAAGAAAGUGGUUAUUCGAACACACCGCUGAUGAAGGAUCAUGAUGGCUCGUAUUCGCCAGUAGCAGCAGAGCAUCGGUCUUCGACAUUCACGCUCGUAGCUGAAGGGCGUCCCCGUCAUGCAUCAGCUGCCUCCGAGUUGAUGUUUGCGCCGACGCCAGAGGACGAGCUUGGACGUGCCACGCGCAACCUUCAAAGCCCCGGUGCUUUGCCCGCCCUUGAUCUUGGGCAGGGCAUCAAAGAAGACGUUCCGCGUAGCUUCAUCGCGAAGGACGAGACGUCUCGCAAAGGGCCCACGGAAUUCGGUGAUCUCAAGCGCAAAGAAGAGCUCGUGGCUGAAAUUGAGAACAUCCGCCGAUCCAUCGACGCUCUCAAGGCGGAAACACCGGCCCCAUCCUCUUCUGAAGAGUCGCGGCGGCCGUCGCUGACCUCGCGACGGACCCUGAGCAUCGACGCCUCAGCGCUCUUGCCAGGCCCCAGUCACAGCCGCCCUCCGCGUGAAAACGAUCCGAGAGCACGCGUGCAUUCGAUGGAACUGUCGACGUUGACUCAGUCACAUGUCGGAGAAAGCAUUGGACGCCCCACAAGUGUGCCCUUGAACGACGACUGGGACAUGUACGUACAAGAGCGCCGACUGUUGCAGCCGCCGUCCGGUGUGACGCCCCCCAUCAACGUCAGUCACGGUCCUCGGAUGCCCGUUUCUCCUGCUGUGGCAGACGCUUUGAACCAACGGAAACGCCGUGAGAGUCUACUAGGGAUGGGAGAAGUCUCGGGUCCCAACACCGGAUCGGAUUCGACCGAAGAUUUGCCUCUCGCGCGACUGAGUAGCCAGCCGCACCGCAGCUCCUCUGGCAACAACUCUCCGGUCCCGGUCAACGUAUUGCCCCCUCGCAAGGCAAUUGUCGCCCCGACGCCUCAACGGCCUGCCACGUCUCGGACCCGAACGUUCGAAGAACUCGCUGAACGCCAUCGAGAGAAGAUGAGAGACAUGCAAGCGCCGCUCACUCACGCGACGCAGCAUGAUGCUGACUUGGAGGCCGCCAAGAACCGCUGGGAGAAGGCUAAAGCGCUGGAGAAAGAGUCUGUGACCCGCCGCCAAGCGGAGAAGGCUGCUCAACUGGAGAAGCGCCGAGAGGACGGGGCCGGCGGCCGGCGGUCCCUGACUCUGGCCGACCCACCCGUGACUUCGCGGCACUCUCGAUCGCUGAGCGCCGACAAGUUAGGAGGCUCUUCCUCAAGGCGGCUCUCCCACAUGAAAGUCGAAGACUGGCAAAAGCAUCAGUUGGACGCAGACACAGUGCCGAAGCGUGACUCCCGUAUGUCACGUGCGGAGUCUCCGGGCGUUCCCUUUCCUGGCGGACGACGGGCCAAAGAACCGCUGAACUGAGCGAGACUGGAGUCAGACACAUCAUCUUGGACGAUAGCAUCAUCACUCUUUACUCUUACGCAUGGACCAGCAUUAUCAUACAUCAUCCACUAUUUUACAGCUACUCUUGCGCCAUUCCGGUUUACGUAUGAACUUCACGAAUGGGUGACCAGGCUUCACUCCUGGCUAUGUACACAGCUUCAAAGAGCUUCACAUCAAUUGUAGAAUGACGGAGAAUGCAACGGCUGGGAAAAACAUGUCAAAACGUCCCGAUUUGGUAGCUCGUUGGUGACCAAACUCCCAGGCUUGUCGUCCCCAAUGUCUUCUUCCAUGAUGCCUUGAGCGAACCGCGGUAUAUAACUUCAUACCAUCCACCCGCGACCGCCAAUCUCCGAAGGCCGCAUGUCCCGCCCAGUAUCUCCACGACCUCUGGUCCACCAGAAGCAGUCUUCUCCGAGGCCCAGCCCCACUUCGACUACUCCGAAUCAAGCCUCCGAUAUCCCCCCUCCAAUCCCCAGCAUUCCGCUCAAAUCGAUACUUGCUUCUCCACCCACGCGCACUCCUCCAGCUUGGCUAGGAUCUUCAGUUGUAGAGAGUGGCGCGCCUCCGCAGUUAUCCGCCUCCAAACGCAAACAUGACGCCAAUGAAAGUGAUGAUCCACAUUCUAAAAUUCGGCGGAUCGUGCGCGAACCUGCAUCUCAAGAUCCCGGACGUGUCAUGGCCAUGACCACUGUGAUCUGUCUUCAUGCUGCCGUAGCACAAAAGUCAUAUGGGAGUGAAAAACGGUUUCUCUGUCCCCCACCCGUCGUGCAUAUCGAGGGACCACUCUAUCACAUGCGACGGCAAGAUCUGUCUAUGACUGUCGUGUCGGAGAUCGGGCAACGCUCUUUUGACCAAAAGGCGCCGCUGGAUAGCAACAUGACCGCUAGCUUCAAGUUCCUCCAUGUAACGGGGACGGCCAAAGCGAAGAGUUUUCAAUUGUCGCUCGAGAUCGCAGAUCCGCCUGCAGCAUCCCCUACUGAAGGUGCAGAAGCGGCCCCGGGACGAGCCUGGGCGACGUUUGACUCUGCCCCGGUGACCAUCAUCUCGAAACCGUCGAAGAAGACGGCCAAGACGAGGAACAUCUCGUCGUGCAUCCUUGCGGGUGGGCCGGUAUCGCUCUUCAAUCGCAUCAACUCUCAGACGGUGCGCACGAAAUACAUGACCAUCGAUCACGCGCAACUAUGUGCCAGCAAUGUGACCUGGUCCGCCUUCAACGUGAAUGUGGUCCCGCGUGCAAAUGAUCCGCCGUCCAUCGGUGCACCAGUGACCUAUGGCUGCUCGAUCAUCCUUUCGGACUCGCUCUCUGGCAUCUCCACGUCUCCGCUCAUCAUCAGGAAGGUCGACAAGGGCCGCGUCUCAAACGAAGACGGUGGUCCCGUGAGCCAGAUGCAGAAGAUUGCAUUACAGCGUGUGAACGCUGAUGGAACGAGGCAUUACCUUUCCGCGGCCGGUCCAUUGCCUGGCACUCAGGGCGUGAUUGCACCUCCUGCCCCGGGCGCCUCUUCCCAGGCAGGCAGCCAUCCCCUUCUGUUCCAAUCUCCGCGCAUACGAGAUGAGACGAAGGACGGGGUCCGCGUCCUGUCCGACGACGUCGACGACUAUUUGUGUUGGACGAUUGUUGGAAUUUCCAAAUUUCAAUACACGUUUUUCGAUGCCUUCGGGCAAAAUAACUCCAUUCCCGAGAUGCCCAUCACACCUUUUCCAACUCUGUUCACUGCUCCAGUGUAUCGGCAGAACAACAACACCCUGGAGCUGACAGUUGCCAACUUCUUUUAUGACGAGCCUAACGGCCGGCAACAGAUGCCGCUCGAUGUCUAUCUCGGGAAUCUGGGCCCACUUCCUCAUCGUGUUUACCAGACUUCACCGCCGGGGCCGCUGACGACCGUUUCUCCGUUUGUCAACAGGACGAGCGACGGAGCUGAUGCGUCGCCCCACUCACCGACAUCACCUAUGGCACCACGGUUCGCACCUGGGCCUGUCCAUGCAAUCGUCAUCGUCGAGUUGCCCGCCAUCGCCGUUAUCCUGAAGGCGCUCGAAGAUGAGCCCAAUCCGUCUGAACCGGCAGCGCGGGCCUCUGCAUCCAAUGGUAGUUCAGCCAUUGCCGGUCGCUCGCUGCCCCUUCUCUUCAUCCGGCCAAUCGACGGUGUGGGCUAUCACUCAGGCAGAACAGUCACGUGCGAAAACCUGUUUCAUUCCAUGGACAUAUCCGGUGGGAUUCCAAGCAACCCCCCAGCAAAUGUAGACAAUAGCUGGCUCGCAGCCGCCGCUGCAGAAAACAAUCUGCAAGGCUGGACGUUGCGACUGAUGUGAUGUUUUGUGUUUUUUAUUUUCCGAAUCUCUUGUAUUGACUAUUCUAUCAUCUAUUUGCUCUGUGCCACUA